AUGACCAAUGAUAAACGGUGUGUAACCGCCAGACCCAUUGCCGCUGGCUCUUUCAAGCGACCCUCAGACUUGAACUGCAUCGAACCCGCUCCGACCCUCCCCAACAACUGUAUCGACAUGCAGAUGUGCGAUCAUGUCGUUGCUGCACGUCGAAGUGAUGAUGAAUUCACCCAAAGCCUCAAGAUAUGGUCUUCGUAUCUCGGUGCUGUGGUCGAGGUGGCCAAGAUGCUCAAAGCGGAUGCGGAAAACCAGGAUUUUGAUCAGGGAACAUCGUAG